GCCGCUCUGACGUCACAGGAGGAAGUAAACAAAAGUCCAAAAAGUAGCUUCAGGUCGCAGCUGUAACAUGUCAGUUUCCAGCCCGAGACAGACGUUCAUCAACCCGGUGGUUCCCUUCGCCGGGACCAUCCUGGGCGGUCUGCUGCCGGGGGAGAUGCUCCUCAUCCAGGGCUCGGUGCCGUCUGACGCCGACAGGUUCCAGGUGGACCUGACGUGCGGCAGCAGCGUGAAGCCGCGGGCCGACGUGGCGUUCCACUUCAACCCGAGGUUCAGGAGGUCGCCCUGCAUCGUCUGUAACUCCCUGAAGAAGGAGCGCUGGGGCUGGGAGGAGAUCCUCCACGCCAAGACCUUCACCGCCGGAGAGAGCUUCGAGCUCGUCAUCCUCAUCCUCCACGACAAGUUCAAGGUGGCCGUGAACGGAGCUCACCUGUUGGAGUAUAAACACAGAGUCGACCUGGAGCGGGUCGACACUCUCUGCAUAUCUGGAAAGGUCAAAGUUCAAGCUGUGGGCAUCGUCCCGAGCCCCAGUGAGAUUUCUCCUGCAGCCAGUCUGACCAAUCAGGAGCCACCAGAGACCAAACAGAAGCCUCAUCACACGCCAAUAAUCUCCGCAUCAGGCAACUUGAGUGUUCCCUUCAGAGGAGAGCUGCUGGACGGCCUGAGGGCCGGACGCAGCAUCACUAUUAAAGCAGAAACACACCAGGACGCACAGAGCUUCGGUGUGAACCUGCGGGUGUCUGGCAGCAGCGACAUCGCUCUGCACCUGAACCCUCGUCUGAAGAAGGAGGUGCUGGUCAGGAACUCCCUGCUGUCGGAGUGUUGGGGCCCCGAGGAGACGCAGCUGGCCUCCUUCCCCUUCACAGCCGGACAAUACUUCGAGAUGAUCAUCCUGUGUGACUCGCAGCAGUUCAGAGUGGCUGUGAACGGGAUCCACCAGCUGGACUACAAACACCGAGUCCAGGACCUGAACCGGAUCCAGCAGCUGGAGGUGACGGGGGACGUCCGGCUGCUGGACCUCAACAUCAGCUGAACCGUCAGGCUGUAAAAUGUGUUAAUGAUACCAGACAACUAAUCCAACUGGUGUCAGGUGUUAAUGGACAGGAAGGAGCUGAAACUAACUUUUGUCAUUUUGAAGGUUUUGAAUGUGUGAAGUCUGAUCGCUCACUGGCUGAUUGUUUUGUUUUUUUAAACUCACUCAAACUUUAAAGCCAAGAGGUAAAAUGUGGGAAGUGGGAUCUUUUUCUUUUUUUUUACAAAUAUAAAUGUCUGAACCAAGUUAUCACUCAGUAAUAAAUCAAACUAUUUAGCAAAGUUCAGUUUCUUCCUCGUUAACUGUUUCUGUUGAACUUUGUGACCAGAUCAAAUAAACUAACUGUGUGAAGCCUCA